CUGACGGACAUCGGUGCGCGUGUCUGUAAAGUGAUGUGUUAUCGAUCGAAGACAGACGAAUAACUGAUGAAUAUUCCCUGUUCGAUUAUCUGUCGCCGUGUCACAGCGGGGAGUGUCACCCAGCGUGAUGAUGAUGAUGAUGAUGAUGAUGAUGAUGGGGAGGAGGAGGAGGAGGAGGAGCUAGCGUCCAAUGACUAGCUGAAGUUGGUGUGUGAAGCUGGGACACAUGUGCAGCUGCUCAGGAAUAACGACGACACAGCAAAGAUCAUCCCAGUGGAGAAUCAACCAUGACUGUUUGAGAAGGACUGGUUUAGUGACGCUCACACCUCCCCGUUUCUUGUCUUCGUCCACACCCUCUCUAUUAUUUAGUUGUUCUAUUCUUCAGUUUCUGGUGCUGCCAGGAGUCCGCCUGUCCUGUUUAUCACUUUCCUGUUCAUCCUCGAGGCUGAAGGCUGUCAAUCCCUCAAAAUGGUCGCAGAGGCAGACACGGCGUCUCAGGGCAGCGGCGUGCGGCUGAAGCAGGAGAUUUCCCUCCUCCACGGUGUCUGUCUCAUCGUGGGAAAUAUGAUUGGUUCUGGCAUCUUUGUGUCACCCAAGGGAGUUCUCAUGUACACGGGUUCGUUUGGCCUGUCCCUGAUAGUGUGGGCGAUUGGAGGGGUAUUCUCUGUGUUCGGGGCGUUGUGCUAUGUUGAGCUGGGCACCACCAUCCGUAAAUCUGGAGCCUCCUACGCUUACAUCCUCGAGGCCUUCGGAGGUUUUGUGGCUUUCAUUCGACUGUGGACGUCGCUGUUGAUCGUUGAGCCAGCGUGUCAGGCGGUGAUAGCUCUGACCUUCUCCAUCUACCUGGUCCAACCCUUCUACCCUACCUGUCCAGCCCCCUAUGACGCGGUCCGCCUCAUCGCUGCCGGCAUCAUAUGUCUGCUGACUUGUGCGAACUCCAUGAAGGUGAAACUGGGUGCUCAUCUUCAGGUCAUCUCCACCGUAGCUAAGGUGCUAGCUCUUAUUGUCAUCAUCAUUACUGGCCUGGUGAAGCUGGCACAAGGUUUUGACCAGAACUUUGAGGACUCCUUCAAAGGCUCCAAGCUGGACCCGGGUAACAUGGCCCUGGCCCUCUAUUCAGCACUUUAUUCCUACUCAGGCUGGGACACACUCAACUACAUCACAGAGGAGAUCAAAAACCCGGAGAGGAAUCUGCCGUUGUCCAUCGCCAUCUCCAUGCCUAUUGUGACAGUGAUCUACAUCUUGACCAAUGUAGCUUACUACGCUGUCUUGGAUGUGGACAAAGUGCUCAGCAGUGAGGCCGUUGCUGUGACGUUUGCAGAUGGGGUGCUGGGCUGGGCUCGAUGGCUGAUCCCUCUGUCUGUGGCCAUUUCCUGUUACGGAGGCCUCAACUCCUCCAUCAUCGCUGCUUCCAGGCUGUUCUUUGUUGGUUCCAGAGAAGGCCACCUACCAAAUGUGCUGUGCAUGAUCCACGUUAAGCGUUUCACCCCAAUUCCUGCCCUACUCUUCAAUGGCGCCAUGUCUCUAUUCUUCCUGGCUGUGCCUGACGUUUUCCAGUUGAUCAACUACUUCAGUUUUAACUAUUGGUUGUUCAUCGGCCUGUCAAUAGCCAGCCAGAUCUACCUUCGCUUCAAAGCUCCUGAUAUGCACCGCCCCAUUAAGCUGUCUUUGUUCUUCCCGAUCGUUUACUGCCUGUGCAGCAUAUUCCUGGUAGUGGUUCCCCUCUACAGCGACACUAUUAACUCUCUGGUGGGAAUCGCCGUGGCGCUGUCCGGUGUACCGGUCUACUACCUUUGUCUCCACCUGCCGCCCAAAUCCAGGCCAGCCUUCUUGAGAAAAGCUCUUGAAAAACUCUCUCUGUACACCCAAAAAGUGUGCAUGUGUUGUGUGGCCUCGCCUGACAUCGACCUGGACAACGUAGACCCAGACAAAAUCGAAUGAUGGAGCGACAAAGGACUCUGUGAAAUCCUGUACGGAGCGGAGGAAGAGGACGGAUGAACACAAAGGACGUUGCAGACAAUCAGGUUUUAGACGAGUAUGUAGUUUAUAUCAAAGGAAGACGGGUGGAGAGAAGAGUUCUCUCUCACACACGAGCGAUAGGAAUAAAGAAGUGGGAUUAAAAUGUUGUAGAUGAAAACCCUCCAAUGCACAGCACAAUACAGAUGAACUCAGUGGAACUCAUGUACAUUAACACUCUAGCACAGUUUUUGGUUCACACGCACACUUGAGAACCUGAGGGAUCUCAGACUAAACAAAACUUACAACCUGCAGAUAUUUAUUCACAAACAGCUUACUGCAGAAAAUACACAAGUGGACUUUAAAGAUGUUUGUUGAAUUUGUUCCAUGUGUGGCAUAAUGUCAUGUUGACAGAGUAAGUUACUGUAGCUCAUGUGAAUAUGUGAAAAACGAGCCCAGAUGGUUCCAAACCUUUUUUUAGCUGGUGAGUCUUAAGGUCCAGUGUGUGAGAUUUAGUGGCAUCAAGUGGUGAAAUGGCAGAUUGCAUACAGCUGAAUUACACUUGUGAAAGGCAGUGUUUGGUUUUGGCUGACUCUGUGGAAGAGGACAAUUAAUGUUUGUUCUGAAGAAACAAAAGUACACUUCUUAUUUUCAGGUGACAAAACAUAGUCAUGCAUAUUCCAUUCUGCCAAUAAAUCUCCUUAAAUCUUCCACACUGGAGCUGUUUAAAAUACAGCUUGUGUCUCCUCCUUGCAAAAGUCACAGGAUGGUGACCAAUUCAACCAAACAUUUUACCUCUAAUUUAAACAUUUUUAGAGCUUUUUUUUUUUUUUAAAGUAAGCUUGUGACCCAGUGGUGGGUCCUAACACUGGUUUAAAGCUACAGACACACACACACGUGAAAUCAACACUGGCAAAGCAGAUUAACAGUGCGUGUUGUUGAAACCAGUAAAACAGACUACAAUCUAGCAAACUGGUUUCCGUGUGCUGCGCUGCAAUGCCCAUGUUUCACCUCGACAGGCGACUGUCACUCAUGUGAUCACUAAUAGUCCUUAGACCAUAGUCUAGAUGCUGAACGGUACAGACUCCAAGGUCCUCCCACUGCAGCAGCAUCAGAGAGGUUAUUUCCAGUGUCUGUGGUACUAAUACAUUUAUUAUAGUUUUUUUAGUUUUGACUUUAUACAUCAUCUGUAUGGGUAUGGCAGCCAGUCCACAUCCAAAAACAUUGUUCUUGGACUCGUUAAAAGAACCUCUGUAAACUGCAGCAAAUUUGCACACGUUGCAUGUUCAGUUUUGUUUUUACUGUUUUCGAAAAGCUUUCUGCUGCGGUCAGACUACGCAGAAUAUCGGUCUGUUAAGAUGGUCACUGUGUCAGAUUGGGUGGUUCUAGUCAUCCGUGCUUGACGUAUCACAUGACAAGACCACACAUUGCUUCCCAAAUCACGAUGUACACAAACAGUAAGGUGUGUUUGUGUGAUGUGGCCGCCCUGUCUUUGUAAAAAUGUCUGAAGGAAAAAAAAAAGGAGCCUUUACUCUGUUGCAGAGCUCUUCCUCUCUUGUGUGGCCAUGUUUACAGAUGUUUCUUCAUUGGGAUGAUGGGAAGCGUCCCAAUUAUGACACACCACACAAAAAUAAAGGAUUCCAUCCUGGAACUCAUUGACAUUCCUGAACAGACCUGAUGCCCUGUGUUAGGUUGGGCAGUAAUUAGACUGAUAUUGUGUAGUCUGACCAAAUGUUUAGUUGUGGAGGCGUUAGGAUAUAACCUUAGUGGAGAGGGCUGAAGCUUUUGGGACAUCAAAUGUCUGGCUGGUUGCAGAGCAAACGGAGCAAUGAUUUCUCCUCCUAGUUACAAGAGCACUGACUCAGGACAGAUUGAAUUCAUCUGUGUGUAGUUCAGGUGUGUGCCGUCUGCCCCAGAGCUCAGAAGACUCCAGAGGCUUUGUAAUCAGCCAGAGCUAGUUUAGGAGGAGAAAGAGAUUAUUCACAAAAGUGCUGUUUUCUUUUUGUUUUGUUUUUAUAUUUGGUAAUCCAAUGAAUAUGAUCAUAAAUCUGUCGGCGUACUGCAUGAAGCCAAAUCCUUCUAAAUCUUCUGGGCUGUAUUUGGUUUCUGAUGCCUCCUUGUGGUAGCUAACAACAACUUCCAGAGAUGAGAUGCUGUUACUGUCACCUUGUUACUUUGUUCUGUUUUCAAUGCUUUACAAACACAGACUGGUGAGAGGAAUGUAAAAUGUCCUGGAUGUAGAAAACAUGACCCGAGACUCCUGGGUAACGUUGUUCUUCAGUCUUUGUAGAUACAAACCUCAGGAUCAACUAUGCUGACGUGCACACGUUGUUGCUGAUAUUUAUCUUUCUAUUUUUACCCACUGUUGUCUUCACAGUUUGUAUAUCACGUGAGAUGUUUAAUGUAAUGUUGCCUUGUGAAUAUAUCACCAACCUGGACCAUUAGAGAGUUCAUAAUAACCAAAGGUCUUAAAACAGGCUGAGAGUUGGACCAUCUUUGUGAGUCUAUAGCAAAGUGUCUCUGCUUUCUAGUGACAAAAUUCCAACUGUAGUGUUUAGUCCAGCUAGAAACGAGUCUGUUGUCUUUGAAAUGCUCCUUAUACGUGCCUUCUGUGAGUAAUCUGCCAAAGGCCCCGUCUAUUGUUUUUAAUAUUGUAAUGUUUUGUGUGUGCACACAGUGUGUUGAGCACAGUCCUAUUCACGACAUGUUGCUGUAGGUUUUGCCAAAUGUUUUUCACGUGGUCAAACUGAACGUGUUAUUAAGUUCAGUUGGAGAUGUUCAGGCCUUAAGCAUCUUAAAGCACUUCCACAACACCAGCCAACAGAAGAAGCACACAUUAGUUUAACGUUGCUUUCACUAGGGCCGGCAUUUAAACUAGACCGCUUUGUGUGUUUAUUAAAAAGAGAACCACCAUACAUAUAUCUGCAGUAAAACUGAAUAUUUUAAUGCAUUCCUAUAUUGUUAUGAAGUUAUUAUAUACUCAGAAAACUUGGUGCAGUAAAAUGUUGUGUGUGUGUGUGUGUGUGUGUGUGUGUGUGUGUCUGUGUGUGUGUGUGAGAGAGAUUCUGUACUCGAUGAAUUGUAUUAAAGCACUCGCUUUACUGAUUGAUUGUUUGUAUUUAUCAUAUUUUGGGCAUGGACAAACCAAACUGCACAAUAUGCUAUUCAGUGGAGGACGUCUUCAGCCCAGACAGAGGACGGAAAGUUCUGUUUUCAUUUGAAUAAAAGCGAUCACAGGCUCUGUGUUUCACUGACCUGCAACCGCAAGUGACUGCCAGCAGACAUUUUGAACCUGUGCUUUGCAUUGGACUCUCUACAGCCACUAGAGGUCAUGGUCUCAUUACGCUUUAUGAAAUCCUGUCAAACUGCAGCUCAAGUUAUUUUUGGUUCAUUUAGGUCCAGCAUUUGUUUUUGUAAACUGAAUCUACAGUUUUCCAAACUUCAGUCUGGUCUUUCUAGAAGAUCAUUUCAAGAUGUUCAAUUAUUAUAUUUCCUUUUUUUUUAGUGUCAAAGUGGGGCUGAAAGACUUAAGUGGUUAGUCUGACAGAAAUUGAUCUACAGUAUUGGAACUCUUUUGGUUAAUUGUUAUUUUCCAACCAAAAAUGUUUUAACAUUCAGCAUUGUUUCAGCUUAGUAAAUUUGUGAUUAAUAAAUGUGGUUAAUUCAA